CGGCGACUCACACCACCCGCACUGCCGCCCCGGGAGGAAGGGGAGGAAGGUUAGGGACUCAGAGGGAAAGCGCUUGCAGGAGACGGACGCCGGGCCAAGGCUCUCACUCGGGCUGCAGCCCCGGCUGGGGAAGAAGGCGGGUCGGGGUUCCCCAAGAGGUAGAGCGUACAAUCCCUGAGGAGGUUGCGUCUAGCGGGUGGUACCCGCAGCUCAGAGCCUGGGACGUCCAGAGCGCGAGGAGUCCCUAUUCCUGCGGGGAGCGGUCUGUUUGGGAAGCCUGGGACCUUGGCACCGCCAUCUGUGAGAAAGCAGAUGCUUGGCGAGCAGGCAUCCAAGACCUGUAAGAAACCAGCCGUCCAAGAAGCCUCGAUCCCAGGCGCCCGGGACCGUUAGGACUGCACUGAAGGGUAACAAGAUCACGGGUUCUGACCCGCCAGGGGUGCUUCUGGCCCAGCCCGUGGGGAGACCUCCGCCUUGAAGGGCGGGUUGGGGAACGGCGCCGCUGCGGCGGGAGCCCCCAGGAGCAGGGGGCCGGGCGCAGCUGUCGAGCUGCCCCAGACCCAGGCAGGAGCCCGGCCACCGCCUCCUGGGCCUGCGGAGAGCCCCAGGCCUCCGCCGCCAUUGCGCCCAAAAACGAAGAGGAUUUGCUGGCCCUGGCCGCUUCGCGGCUGAGCCGCCGCAAGCGGGUGGCGGGCGCGGCCGUCGGGGUGGCCAUGGUGCUACUGCUGCUGGUGGCCAUCCCGCUGCUGGUGCACAGCUCGCGCGGGCCGGCGCACUAUGAGAUGCUGGGUCGCUGCCGCAUGGUAUGUGAUCCACACGGGCCCCGAGGCCCGGGCCCCGACGGCGCGCCCGCUUCCGUGCCCCCGUUCCCGCCAGGUGCCAAGGGAGAAGUGGGCCGGCGCGGAAAGGCAGGCCUGCGGGGGCCUCCGGGACCCCCAGGUCCCAGAGGACCCCCGGGAGAGCCCGGCAGGCCAGGUCCUCCCGGCCCUCCAGGCCCAGGCCCGGGCGGGGCGGCGCCACCUGCCGGCUACUUACCUCGAAUUGCCUUCUACGCGGGCCUGCGGCGGCCUCAUGAGGGUUAUGAGGUGCUGCGUUUUGACGACGUGGUGACCAACGUGGGCAAUGCUUAUGAGGCGGCCAGUGGCAAGUUCACCUGCCCCAUGCCGGGCGUCUACUUCUUCGCUUACCAUGUGCUCAUGCGCGGCGGCGACGGCACCAGCAUGUGGGCAGAUUUGAUGAAGAAUGGACAGGUCCGGGCCAGCGCCAUUGCUCAGGAUGCAGACCAGAACUAUGACUAUGCCAGCAACAGCGUCAUUCUGCACCUUGAUGUGGGUGAUGAGGUUUUCAUCAAGCUCGACGGUGGGAAGGUGCACGGAGGCAACACCAACAAGUACAGUACCUUCUCGGGCUUCAUCAUCUACCCAGACUGAGCUGGGCAGCAUCCCCCACGCCUUUGUUCCCCUUUGGCUCCAGUCCUCACUCACUUCCAGCUGGCCCGCCCAAGGUGCCACCCCAUCCCUUAAGAACCUGGGGCAGACCCUCCAGCUCCUGAGGCAGCCAAAGGGCAGACUCUUGGGGCUCGAGCGGACCGGCAAGAGGAGAAGCCAGGUGCCAAGGGAGGAACCAUUUGCAUCCUGCAUCCGCAAGCUGCAUGGGAAAGGCAGCAGGACCAGAAAGGCUGAGGUGGUGAUCUGCUCCUUUGCCUGGAGCUGGGGAGCAGCUCCACUAGCCUGGGCUCAGAGGCCCAGAAAGCGGAAGAGAAGCCAAGGUGGCUUAGGAGAGAAAGAACAGAAACUAGGAGCCAGGGUAGAUGAGAAGACAUGCUAGGUUGGAGUAGGCAGGCGCUGGUCCUCAAUAAUGACAAUUUCCUCUGGCUGUCCUUUGCUCCCUCAUCUCCAUUUUCAGGCUCCAGCCUUGGCAGCCUUCUUGUGAACUGGAGGUACUGGUGAAUUCUUUCCUAGCAUUUAAAUUCAUUCUGUACAGUCACCAUUCCACCCCUUCUGGGGCCUAGGCCUCAGGGGCUAUAGUUGCUGUUGCCUCUUCCAAUAAAAAUGAGGUUGGGGGAA